AUGAACUCCUACUACGUCUUUCUACCUGUCCUUCUUCUUCUUGUUCGAAGAUUAUCAGCAAGCUAUGGAAUAGAAGAACCUGCUGUAGCUGUAGAGCCCGCGCACGUCGACGUUCCUUUAGCACAUGCUCAUGUCGCUCCGGUAGCCCCAGUAGUUCCCGUCGGCCCAGUGGCUCCAGUAGUCCCUUCAGUUCCUGCUGUUGUUCCUGCGGUAGACUAUCAUGUGUAUGAUCACCACCACCCUUAUUCUGAACUUCAUAAUGUAGCGAAAUCUUACGCUAAAGAAGCAGGUCAUGCCUUAGAAACAGCUAUGGUUUCUGGACAUGGACAUGUAAAUGGCUUUGGACUACAUGCUCCCCAUCUCGCAGACCCCUUCAGCCUCAUAGAACCUUGGCGAUCACGUCUUCACCAUCAUAAGGCUGCUAAAAAAGUUCAUAAAACUCAAAAAACUGUGAACAAGAAAACUCAUUAA